AGCUAUGUGUUGUGGACGGAAUCAAAGUUGCGCAACAUUGUGCUCUGGGCCGCUCGCUACGUGCGACGGUUUUCAGACGCUAGAGCUGUCAACAACCACGUGCAGCUAAAGGGCGCAGCCAUCGCGAUCCUUCCGAGGACCGAGGUCGGGACGACGACCUCGGGGUGACCGUUGACAUACACUUCACUGCAGGCCAUCCGCGAUAAGAGGUGCGAGCGCGAGCAUUAGGGACUAGCGGGCGUAUAGGUUUUUUGUAUGUAAAGUUUUAUUGCGUUGUACAUCGUUAUUGUAAUAUAGUGUUUUAAGUACUUUUUAUCCUGGUGUUCGGAUUGUUUAUUUACGUGUUAAAGAACAUAAAAGUGGCGACGAGGAUGGGAUUUUCCUCAUCAGUGUGUAGAACCUGCGUUGUAAAAAAAAAGAAAAAAAACUGCUCCUUCUCUAACUGAAAAAAACGCGCAGUGCAGUGAAAUUGUUUAAUAAUUAAAAAAAAAAAACCUAUUCAGUGAGUGUAAAAGAAAAAAAAAAGUAUAUAAAAAGGAUCAUCAGAACGUGUGUAGUAGGAUAGCUAAGCUCAGUAGCUUGAUUGAAAAGUUCGUGUACAGUUCGGUUUUAUUUUUUUUCCUGUCGAGGACAAUUUUUUUUUCUCUCUCUGCAAAUAAUUUAUAAAAUGAAUACCAGUGGUGAUGAAGAAAGGCGCUCUAGUGCGGGUUUUAAUGUGCAACCGACGCACCAGCUACAAAAUGGUUCUGGAGAACCAUCAGUGCAGCAACCUCCAUUACAAACGCCGCCAUCGGUGUCGAUGGAUAGUUCGUCGAUGAUGCAGAUCUUGAAAUUAAUGCAGCAACAAAUGGCGCAGCAGCAGAACAUUUUGGCGCAGUUAAUGCAGCAGCAAGGGUCAGGCCAAAGUUCAUCCACAACACCGGAACAAAUCUUGGAUUCGUUGUGCAGCCACAUUAAAGAAUUUAAAUACGAUGCUGAGGCUGGAACGACAUUUGCCGCAUGGUACAACCGCUAUGAGGACCUGUUCGAAAGAGAUGCUGCCCGGUUGAGCGACGAAGCAAAAGUGCGCCUUCUCAUGCGCAAGCUAGGAACUCUUGAACAUGACCGGUAUGUAAAUUUUAUCUUGCCAAAGUUCUCACGAGAUUUUUCAUUACCAGAGACGGUCGCAAAGCUGACAGAUUUGUUCGGAACUAAGGAGUCCCUGUUACAUCGACGGUUCAAAUGCUUAAAUACGGUGAAGGGGAAGACGGAAGAUUAUCUAGCGUACGCAUGUCGCGUCAACCGGGGUGUAGUCAACUUUGAGUUAGGCAAGUUGACGGAGGAACAGCUUAAAUGCCUUGUAUUUGUUUGCGGGUUGAAAGAUGAUAAGGAUGUGGAAAUUCGUCAAAGACUGUUAGUGCGGAUCGAGGAACGUCCUGAAACCACCCUGGAGCAUAUUACAACCGAAUGUCAACGCAUUAUCAACUUAAGACACGACAGCGCAAUGAUCGAAAGAGAGAACACCGAACAAGUCUAUGCAGUGAAGCAUAAGGAAACACAGUUCCAGCAUUAUCGAAGCAACCUGCCAUACGAUUCGAAACCCCCUAGCAGAUCGUGCUGGCUAUGUGGAGGACUACACUGGUCUCGAGACUGUACGUACCGUACUCACAAAUGUACCGAUUGUGGAAGAAUAGGCCACAAAGAAGGAUUUUGCAAAACGUACAACAAUUAUCGUCGGAACUAUAACCAAGCGAAUUUCAAUCGUCAGCAAGCAAAUACUAGAACGGUCUCAGUCAAUGUGCACAGCGUUCAGGAGAGAAGGAAGUAUGUACCUCUCAGCAUCAAUGGCAUUCACCUCCGGCUACAGCUCGACACCGCUUCUGACAUAUCAGUCAUUGGCAAAAAUACCUGGAAACUAAUCGGAGCACCCCCCCUUUCCCCGCCAACAGUCGAUGCCAAAACAGCAUCGGGAGCAGUGUUGCAUAUAAUCGGCGAAUUCAGUGCCAACAUCACCAUCAAAGAAGAGCAGCGUGUCGAGACGGUUUAUGUUUCGCAAGCGGACUUGAAGCUGUUGGGAACCGACCUAAUCGAGGCUUUUUCCUUAUGGUCAGUGCCUGUUGACCAGAUAUGCAACGCCAUUCAAUCAUCAACGAAUAAGGAGCUACGACUACGUUAUCCCAAGCUGUUUGGAGAGGGCAUGGGCCUAUGUACAAAGGGAAACGUUACUCUGCAGCUGAAAGAAAAGUGUCGUCCAGUUUUCUGCCCUAAACGUCCAGUUGCGUACGCUAUGCUGGAUGCAGUCGACAAGGAACUGGACCGGCUGGAGAAGCUAGGAGUCAUCACACCGGUCGAUUUCUCUGACUGGGCCGCACCAAUUGUCGUCGUGCGGAAAGCAAACGGUCAGAUAAGGAUCUGCGGAGAUUACUCGACCGGUCUCAAUGGAGCCUUGCACCCCCAGGAGUACCCGCUUCCACUACCAGCAGAUAUUUUCGCCAGGCUAGGUAAUUGCACUCAUUUUACACAAAUAGAUUUAUCGGAUGCUUUCCUUCAGGUCGAAAUUGCUGAGCAGAGUCGGAAGUUUCUAACCAUCAACACGCAUAAAGGGCUUUACUCCUACAACCGACUACCACCGGGCAUCAAGGUAGCUCCUGCGGCUUUUCAACAGUUGAUGGACAAAAUGCUCAUUGGAUUGCGGGGAGUUUCCAGUUACAUGGAUGAUAUCAUUAUCGGAGGUAGGAAUCAGAAAGAACAUGAUGAUAUUUUAAAUGAAACGCUCGCUAGAAUUCAAGAUUAUGGUUUCACAAUUCGCGUAGAAAAAUGUUUUUUUAAUGAGAAGCAAAUACGGUAUCUAGGGCACAUAAUCGAUAAUCAAGGCAUCAGACCAGAUCCGGAAAAAGUUAAAGUUAUAACCAAUUUGCCAGCACCAUCAGAUGUCAGUGAAGUAAGGUCAUUCCUCGGAGCAAUCAAUUAUUAUGGGCGCUUUAUUCCAAAUCUACGAAAUUUGCGGUACCCACUGGAUGCACUACUAAAAGAAGGGAGAGAAUUUGCGUGGACUGCAGAAUGCCAGAAAGUUUUUGAAAAAUUCAAGUCAGUAUUGUCUUCAAACCUAUUAUUAACCCACUAUGAUCCGCGACUUGAGAUAGUGGUAUCAGCUGAUGCGUCUUCCGUUGGUCUGGGAGCAACUCUAAGUCACAAAUUUUCUGAUGGCAGUAUGAAGGUUGUACAACAUGCAUCACGAUCUCUUACAAAAGCCGAGCAAAGAUACAGUCAAAUCGACCGGGAAGGGCUAGCUAUCAUUUUCGCAGUGACCAAAUUUCAUAAGAUGAUAUUUGGUCGGCAUUUCCGUCUUCAGACAGAUCACAGGCCUCUGCUAAGAAUAUUUGGAAACAAGAAAGGUAUUCCUGUUUACACUGCAAACAGGUUACAGCGUUUUGCCCUUACGCUUUUAAUGUACGAUUUUGAAAUCGAAUAUGUAACCACGGAGAAAUUUGGAAAUGCCGACAUCCUAUCAAGAUUGAUAAGCGAGCACAGCAAGCCAGAUGAAGACUAUAUAAUCGCCAAUUUGGAGCUAGAGAAGGAUGUAAAAUCAGUAGUCAUCAGCAACAUCUCAUCCCUACCAAUCAAUUUUACGGAAGUAGCCAAACAAACGGGAAAAGAUUCAAUUUUAUCAAAGGUACUACAUUUUACACAAAACGGUUGGCCACAUAAUACUAUUUAUACAGGAGAAUUAGCAAGUUUUUAUGCAAGAAGGGAAGCGUUAUCAGCAGUGGAUGAGUGUUUAUUAUUUGGCGAGAGAGUCAUAAUUCCAAACAGCCUUCAGGAACGAUGCCUCCGACAGUUCCAUCGUGGCCAUCCUGGCAUUCAAAGAAUGAAAUCGUUAGCUCGUAGCUACGUAUAUUGGCCAUCCAUCGAUAAAGACAUAAGCGAAUGCGUAGCCUCUUGUGAGAGGUGUCAAGCUGUUUCAAAGUCACCUGCUCAUUCAACUCCUAUUCCUUGGCCUAAACCUUCAUCACCAUGGCAGCGUGUGCAUAUCGAUUACGCUGGCCCUCUGGAAGGGGACUAUUUUUUAAUUGUCGUGGAUGCAUACUCAAAAUGGCCAGAGAUUGUAAAAACAUCAAGCAAUACGGCAUCGGCGACUAUAGCAAUUCUACGAGGAAUAUUUUCACGUUUUGGAAAUCCAGUCACGCUUGUAAGUGACAAUGGCACGCAGUUUACUAGCGAGAUUUUUGCUGAUUUUUGCGCUCACAAUGGCAUAGAACAUCUGAGAACAGCACCAUUUCAUCCUCAGUCAAAUGGCCAGGCUGAGAGGUUUGUAGACACGUUCAAGAGAUCGAUGAAAAAGAUUAGUGCAGAAGAUACAUCACUUCCGGAGGCAUUGGACAUAUUUUUACAAACCUAUCGAUCGACUCCAAAUCCGUCCACAGAAGAAAAGAAAUCACCAGCUGAGCUCAUGUUAGGUCGUAAAAUGCGAACAACUUUGGAUCUGCUUCGUCCUACCUUAAAUCCAUUUAAACACAGUGUACCUGAGAAGGUGAGAGAGUUGUCCUGCGGAGAUUUAGUGUACGUCAAGACAUACAGCAGAAACAUUUGGAAAUGGGAGCCAGCAGUCAUAACCGGAAGAUGUGGCAACGUUAUGUAUGAAGUUGUAACCGGUGAUCAACGUACACUUCGAAGGCAUGUAAAUCAAAUGCGUAGGCGUAACGGAAAUCAGCAGCAUCAGCAGAGCCGCUCUUCGAAACCCUUAGCUCUGGAUGUAUUUCUGGAUUCAUGGAAUGUAAUGCACGAGCCACCACCGUUGCUUGACGAUCAGUGCACUCCAUCACCUGUUCAGGCGCCACCGUUAUCGUUAUCAUUGGCUCCAACAACGUGUCUUCCAUCACCGAGUUGUUUGUCACCAUCGUCAUCGUCGACUCCACCAUCGUCUACAAUACCGCCUGAGUCUGCUAUCACAUCGUCUGCGUCCUCGCCAUCGUCAUCGUCCAAUUCGGGUUCAGUCUACACUUCCUGUUCACCUACAUCACCUGAAGAGUCUCCAACAGAUGAACUAGAUGACCACAAGGAAGAAGAACAGCUGGUACAAGUACCACGUAGGUCUUCUAGAAAUAUAAGACCCUCACGUUGGUUGGACCAGUACCAGCUAUAUUAACAGGGGGAGAUGUUGUGGACGGAAUCAAAGUUGCGCAACAUUGUGCUCUGGGCCGCUCGCUACGUGCGACGGUUUUCAGACGCUAGAGCUGUCAACAACCACGUGCAGCUAAAGGGCGCAGCCAUCGCGAUCCUUCCGAGGACCGAGGUCGGGACGACGACCUCGGGGUGACCGUUGACAUACACUUCACUGCAGGCCAUCCGCGAUAAGAGGUGCGAGCGCGAGCAUUAGGGACUAGCGGGCGUAUAGGUUUUUUGUAUGUAAAGUUUUAUUGCGUUGUACAUCGUUAUUGUAAUAUAGUGUUUUAAGUACUUUUUA